AUGACAUCUCCGACUGGCAGUGUCUUGUUCCUCACGAACAGUGAACUAGGUCAAUGCAAUGUCGCCCUCGCAGUGGCUGAAGAGUUCCUGCGACGUGGGGAUUUCAAUGUACACUUUGCCUCAUUCCGCGCAGCGGCACCGUUGGUUCAGGAGAUGAACACCCGUACGGAUACCGUUUAUCCCGUGGAGUUCCAUGAGAUCUGGGGUCCCAAUAUGACCGAUCUUGCUGUCCGGAGUAAGAUUGGUCUUCUCUAUCAUCGACCAGGAAUGAAGGGCGCAACGGAGGGCUUGACCAAAGUCAGCAACGCCAUGUCCAGCUGGAAGUCCACGGAAUAUGCCAGGGCUUACCGAACCUGCCUCGAAAUAAUUGAGAAAGUACGUCCGGCCGUGGUUGUCAUAGAUCCGAUUCUCCAUCUUGGGUUGGAUGCUUGCGAGAACAUUACUGCUCGGAAAGUGAUCCUUUGGCCUGUGCCCAUUAAGGACGUGGUGGUUUUGGAUCAACCAAAGGCUGGUGUUCUGUGGAAAUAUCCAGUAACGGGUUCCGGCUAUCCUUUCCCACUCCCUUGGAAACUGGUCCCUGCAAAUGCCUACCUGGUUCUUCGCGUUGGGAUGACCUUAGCGUGCGCUAAGUCGGCCACCGAUAAACAAGACCCCGAAAAGACGGAAGAGCAACGAAGCCCCUUCCCCUUGCGAAGCGCCUAUACCAAAGAUGUCUUGAACCUCACCCCCGCAUUCCAUGAAAUGGACUUCCCAUUCAGAGUUCCAAACAACGUCAUCAGCUGCGGGCCCAUCGUUCGCCAGUGCCAGCCGCUUGCAGUAGCAGAUCCGGGGUUGAACGAAUGGCUCCAAAAGCCCACCAUUCUCAUCAGUCUGGGUUCACACGUGAAACCUUCUGAAGAUGUUGCAGUGCAGAUGGCAAAGGGAAUUCGAAAGAUGCUCUACGAGUACCCGGAAAUGCGAGUCCUGUGGAAGCUUCGAUAUGAUUGGGAAAGCUCAAUGACUUUCCAAAACGUCCUUGGCGCACAUAUCACUGCUGGCUCAGUGCUUGUGACUCCUUGGAUCCAGCCGGACAUCAUGUCGGUUCUGAACACUGGCCAUAUUGUCGCAUACGUUCACCACGGUGGAGCAAACUCUUAUUUCGAGGCGUGCAAGGUCGGCGUUCCCCAGGUCGUCCUACCCCAAUGGCUCGACACCUACGACUGUGCAACACGAGUGGAAUGGCUGGGAAUUGGAAUAAACGGAAGCCGAACCUCGGCACCUGGCGCCGAUGCCAUAGAAUUCGCCAAAGCCCUGAUCCAAGUUCUCCGCGACGCGAACAUGCGACUGAAAUCGAACGCCAUGAAGACCCUCUGCAGUAAGACGGAGGGACGUGUGAUGGCGCAUGACCAGAUUGUGGAAUUUUGUUCGAUGGAAUAG